AUGGCCCUAGUCGGGGAGCUGACGGCCCUCAUGCUCUCUCAUCUCCUGAUGUCUAGCCCAUCCAGGAACAGUUACAUCAGCAGUGGGUACGGUUUUGGGUCAAGGCCAAGGGUCCAUGCCCUUGCUGCAGGGUACAGUAGCCAGGGCACUCAUCAGGCCUUGUCCACUCACUAUCUCCACAGCAGUCCAGAUGGGCCGGGAGGUCAGUUCUCUGGACUGGCGGCCCUGCAGCGCAGGAAGUCAGAAAUCCGAGCAGAAUGCCCAGGAGGAGGCCGACUGCUCCCCCUCACGGAGCUGCUCACGCAGAAGGCGGCUGUGGGGUGA